UAGCAGCACCUUGCCGUGCUCGCCGCAGCUUGAUCAGUUGACCAGUUCGGCACGGACACAAGCCCGUUGCAAGGAUUCCAGUUGGCUCCUGUACGUGUACCAAAUGAGCCUGCUUUUGUGGCCUUGGCUUUCUCUAUUCUUCUCUUUAGUUACGUCAUCAUGGAGUUUGAGUUCAGAUGGUCAAGCUCUUCUUGCUCUGUCGAGAAACCUCAUACUGCCAAGUUCUAUAAGGUCCAACUGGAGCGCUUCUGAUGCAACUCCUUGUACAUGGAAUGGAGUUGGUUGCGAUGAAAGGAACAUAGUGAUUUCUCUUGACCUGACAUCAUCAGGAGUUUCAGGUUCACUAGGACCUGAAAUAUGUCGUCUGAAAUACCUGCAAAUUCUCAGUUUAUCUGGUAACAACAUAUCUGGUUCAAUCCCUCCAGAAUUGGGGAACUGCAGCAUGCUUGAACAAUUGGAUCUCUCCCAAAAUUUCCUUUCUGGCAAUAUACCAGCAUCAAUGGGAAACCUCAAGCGAUUGUCACAGCUAUCACUGUACAGUAACUUGCUGAGUGGAACUAUACCAGAGGAGUUGUUCAAGAACCAGUUUCUGGAGCAAGUGUACCUCCAUUCCAAUCAGCUCAGUGGUUCGAUCCCCUUCUCGGUUGGUGAAAUGACAAGCCUUACGUCCUUGUGGUUGCAUGAUAAUAUGUUAUCUGGGGUUUUACCCGCUUCGAUUGGUAACUGCACCAAGUUGGAGGUCCUCUAUCUACUCAAUAAUCAACUGAGCGGCAGUCUUCCUGAAACCUUGAGCAAGAUCGAAGGCCUCAGGAUAUUUGAUGCCACAAACAAUAGCUUCAGAGGCGAGAUUCCUUUCAGUUUUGAGAAUAGCUGCAAGUUGGAAAUAUUCAUCCUGUCAUUCAAUCAAAUCAGAGGGGAGAUACCAAAAUGGUUAGGGAACUGCAGCAGCUUGACGCAGCUUGCAUUUGUCAACAACAGUCUGUCCGGACAGAUACCACCUACAGUUGGUUUACUGAGAAACCUCACUUAUCUUCUACUUUCUCAAAACAAUUUGUCUGGUCCAAUCCCUACUGAAAUUGGCAACUGUGAAUUGCUUUUGUGGCUGGAGUUGGAUGCAAACCAGCUUGAGGGCACUGUUCCAAAAGAACUAGCAAACUUGAGGAACUUGCAGAAGCUGUUCCUUUUUGAAAAUCAUCUCACAGGGGAGUUUCCUGAAAAUAUAUGGGGCAUCCAAAGCCUUCAAAGUGUCCUCGUCUAUCGAAAUGGUCUUACUGGGAAGCUACCUUCUGUGCUUGCUGAGCUUAAGUUCCUGCAGAACAUUACACUGUUUGAUAAUUUCUUCACCGGAGCCAUACCACCGGGACUGGGUGCUAACAGCCGUUUAGUCAAGGUUGAUUUCACCAACAACAGUUUUGUUGGUGGGAUUCCGCCAAACAUUUGUUCAGGGAAAACAUUGAGAAUUCUGGACUUGGGCUCUAAUCAUCUCACUGGUAGCAUCCCAUCCGGGGUUUCGAACUGCCCAAGUUUGGAGAGAUUCAUUCUUCAGGGCAACAAUUUCAGCGGGCAUAUUCCUGAAUUCAGAAAUUGCAAGGGAUUAAGUUACAUAGAUCUUAGCCGCAAUGGUUUCGACGGUCCGGUCCCACCAAAUAUAUUUUCAAACUGCCCUUGUUCGCUGCAAAUCAGUCCCCAAGCUAACAACCUGAAUGGAUCCAUUCCAGGAUUCAGUAAUUGUACAAACCUAGGUGUUUUAGAUCUUAGUUACAACAACUUUUCCAGCAAAAUUCCGCCAAAAAAUGCUUACUGUGUUCGUUGUAAGUUGUAACUCACGAAAGAUAGGGUGAUUUACAGUUAAUGUGAUCUUUGAUUGAUAGAAUAAAACAAGUGUCUUCCGU